GACGGACGCAAGCCAUUUGCCCCCGUUUGGCGUUUUCGCUGCCAAAUUCACCGACUUCGAUCCAGAUGUCCUCCAAUUCCUCCUGCAAAUCCACGAAUCGACCCCUUGCCAGCUUCCGGCCUCGUCCUCCGCUCUGUAUUGGUACCGAUUUCUCUGCCCUUGGAAGCUUGUGGUCGCUUCUAGGGUUAGGAUUUCCGUGCCUUGUUUUCUCCUCGUUUCCGAUCACGAUCUCUGCAUCUGUUGCAUCGAGAGGUUCUUGAAUCGAUCUGCUGCGGUUUCCCCAUUCUGAUUCAUCCUGAUUCGUUCUUUAGACAGGAAGAUCGAAUCUAGGGUUAGGGUUUCAUACGGGUUCUCGAUCAUUUUGGUGGCUAAAUCCCGAUUCCUAAAUAUUUUCCUACAUACUUUUGUUCUCUAUUUUGCGGCGUUUCCCCUCUGUAGAUUUAGUGUUUUCUUUACUUCUUAGGUCGCUGGCUGGUCUUUGGUAUUUGGGUAUGUAAGUUCCGAGAUUCUUCCGAUUUCUUCGUGCAAUUCUCGUGCGUCUGUCUAAUUGGCCGUUUUGACUUGGUCAGUCUUAGUCUAUGGGCGAAAUUAGGCUAUAGGGUUAGCACUUUUAAACCCGGUGAAAUUGGGGAGUGUCAGCUUGUUGGUAGGCUAAAACAUCUUUUUCUAUAUCGUGUCCUCUUAAUUGCCAUAAUCCUUUGUAAUACAUCAAUUCAAUUACUUUGUUGGUUUACUGCUGCUCCAGGGCGCACUAGAUCUUUUUGGACUGCUUUAAAGGUAAAUAGCAGUCACACAGUGCAGCUGAGUGUGUUAUGUUUUUAGUUAUUUUCUAAGAGAAUCGUUCCUGGUUUCUUAUCUUGAUAAAUUUACAUUUUUGUUCUCGACAAAGUUGAUUAAAGAGGGUGAUGAGUUAUGCAUUAUUUAGUAUUUAUUUUUCGUACUUAAUAUGGAAAAUACAGAUGUUCUUGCAAAUUGGUUUUCCCUAUUGUUAUAUGUCAAUAUGCUUUACUUUAAUGGAAGCUUACUUAUUCACCAUUUUAGAUUUUAAAAAAUAGUUAUUUUAUUAACAGGAGAAAAGUACAAUGCAAAGCUUAAGAUUUUUCUUGCGCCUUUGACAUGUUUAUUGUUGCUGAAUACGAAAAACUUGUCAGACUGAUAUGUACCAGCUGCUACAGUAUGUACCAUUUGGUACAUUGCUGAAAAAAUAACUGAAAUAUUCAAAAUUUAUUGGGACAUUUGUGUACUAAUACUGGAUUGGACUGGUGCAAUCAGUAUAUCAUGGUAUUUAAUUUCAUUUUUUAACAUAACGUUCUUAGUGAAACUAGCCUUUUUGAUAUCAAGUGUUUCUCUGCAUAGAUAGUUUCUAUAUUGAUCCUGCAUGAUCAUAGUGUUAGCAGGUGUUGAACUAUUUAUUGACAUGGAGGAAACACUCUGUGGUACAGAAUUUAAUAUGAAGUUAGAAAAAAAAAAAAAACCAGAUGGCUAAUCCUUUUCAUAAUAAUGACAGUCUUUUUUGUUAAGUUCACUAUAUUUUGGGUUUUUGUGUUUAAUCUUUGGGCCUUUUUUUCAAUUCUUUUUCUUGGGUUGGGGUGUUGGGACUUGGUGGGAUGGUUGGGGGAUGAGGCGAGGAGCUUGAAAUCUGCUCUCCUAUGCUGAAGAACUUGAAUAAGCAUCUCUUCACCAUGUUAUAUAUGGUGUUCAACCAAAAUGAACAGUCUUUUGCCGAUCACACAUCUGACCAAUUUAAUUGUGAACACGUAAGACAUUUGUCUUAUGAUGGCCAACUACACGUGAGGCCAUUUGCUGAAGGCUCUACAUGUGAGGACAUUCCUGCAAAAUCACCUGUUUCAGAUCAAGAGAGGGGUUUCUCCAGCUACCACAUAGACUUUGAGAAUGUGAUUGCUGAUCCUCCCUCUGACAACUCUUACAGUAAUCUCAGUGGCAAACCUAGCUUCUCACGGGUGACAGGCAACAACAGUGAAGUUAUCUGGUUAGAGAAUGGCAAACGGUCUCUUUGUGAUGAUGAAACUUGCCUUUGUGCAAGUAAGCGUUUGAAGCGAGUGGACCAAAAUUUUCAAUUGGGUUCAUCUGAAGAUGUUUGCUUCAGUAACUCUAAGAAAUCACUCUCAGUCACCGCUGAGGACUUGAAAGAUGGAGGAACUGCUGCUGUUGCUGAGGAUGCUAUUGAUCAGACAACCACCAGCCACUGGUUUGCACAGAGUAGUAGCAGAGAAGCUGGUUUAGACCCACCUGUUCGGGUACCUUCCUAUCCAUUUUGUUAUGGUGAUAUCCGUCAAGCUGCUGAAUUUGAUCAGGUUGAAGAGAUUUAUUCGCCCGUUUUUGGUUACUUCGAUCAGAAACAUAUUGCUAUUGGAUCAAAUCAUCAGGCUGAUGUUCCAGAGUGGAGAUUUUAUGAAUUUAAGAACCAUAUUGGGGAUCAUGAAGAUUGUGCUUUUCCUGGAAGUUCACCAUUAUGUGAUGAUCAUAUAAUUGAUGAAGAUGACAGUGAUAAAUGGAAUGGAACAUGUGUAAUGCCCAUGCCUGAUUGUGCUUUAUUGGCUUCAGAUUCUGUGGGCUUGCACUACGAGAUGAAUUGUGGAUGCCUAGAUGAGGCUUCAAUCAGAUGUGUGAGGCAGCAUGUUGUGGAAACGAGAGAAAAGCUCAGGCGCAAUUUGGGGCAGGAUAGGUUUUUAGAGUUUGGUUUUGCUGAUAUGGGUGAGGUUGUAGCUGAAGGAUGGACUGAAGAGGAGCAACAGUUAUUUCAUGAAAUUGUGUUGUCGAAUCCUGCUUCGGCGGGCAAGAACUUUUGGGAUAUAUUGCCUAGGGUGUUUCCUGCUCGAAAUAGCAAAGAACUAGUAAGUUACUACUUCAACGUAUUCAUGCUUCGGAAGAGGGCUGAACAGAAUAGGUUGGACCCUUUGCACGUAGAUAGUGAUGAUGAUGAAUGGCAAGAAAAUGAUGAUGGUGAAUUCACAAUGGCAGAAGAUGAAGACGAAGAAGAUUCUGUGGUGGAGUCUCUUGCAGAUCAAGACAAUGUUCCUGGUGAGGAAGAUGAUAUUGUGGAAGAGGACAUAACUGAAGAAGCUGAUGAUGUAGAGGAUUGUAAUUGUUACACCCUUGCCAGGAACAAUGAAAAAAGGACCUGCGGUGAUGUGAAAGGAUGCAUUGGUAGUGAUCCGAGCCUUCCUCCUGGAAUGCAGUUUACAGGAAGCAAUUUGCACCAUUGUGUGGAGGAACAAGACAUGCAGGAUGAUUCAUGCACAUCCUACGAGGGCCAGCGUAAUGGGGCUGAUUCCUGUAAUCCUGUCGAUAUAUUUGACUCGCAACACAGCUUGAAUGAAGAUCAUGAGAACUUCCGCAAAGAGUACCAGAAUGGUAAUCUAAGUGGGUUGAUGGAUAAUGGGUUCUUUGACAGUCUGUGUGAUCCAAAAGCAUGGGAUACAAGUUAUUGCUGUGAAUCAGAGAAAGAUGACCUCUUACCAACAUGUAAUGUGAUAGAGGAGGUAUUUGGAAAAGAAUGCUGACUGUCAUGAUUUAAGUCGGUACGAUUACUCUUGGGUAUUUUCUCCCUUUCUUCACCAUAGGUGUAUGCUGAUUGGUUUAGGAUUUGCACCUAUCCUUGUAAAUUAUGGAAUCAGGCAGUCCUGCCUGCUUGCUUGUAAAGAAGAGUGUUUGAUGUGAGGGGCAGGUACUUCAACAAUGGAGUGAACCUCCUUUACGCUCUCUCUGAUAACACUAGAAAGGCUAAUAGGAAUCUGGUAAACGAGGAAACACUCCUUUUCGAAUUAUGGAAUGUAUUAUUGUCGAUCUAAUGGUUUCUUUACUGUUUGAUGUCCUUCU